GAGACCGGACCCCCGAACCCUAACUGUGGCUAAAUCGCGAAAUCUUAGGAAUCUCUCUCGCUCUCGCUCUCUCUAGGCGCGUAUUUUGAACGGAGCUUCGAUUCUAUGGCGAGCAACGGAGUUAAGGUCACGGCGACGAUGGAGAAUGGCGGAGGACUUUCUACUGGUGAAAACCCUAAGAAAAUCGUAGACCUCAACACUGUGGAGCCAGAUCGUACGGAUGACAUACUCAACGGAGAAGUCAAGGAAUCCGUUGAUGUUUCUGGUGUGAAGAAGGACGAAGCCGACUCUAAGGCUAUUGGAUCGGCUGAUUCUGGGGAUGUAUCUCCGGUCGAUGAUAUUCAGAAGAAGAUUCGACGUGCUGAGAGGUUUGGGGUUUCUGUCAAGUUAACCGAAGAGGAGAAGCGCAAUUCGCGUGCUGAGAGGUUUGGUACUGUAACAGCGGUGAAUGACUCUGCGGGAACGAAGAAAGCAGAGGAAUUGAAGCGAAAGGCUAGAGCUGACAGAUUUGGGGUUCCUGCAUCAUCUCCUACCACUGAUAACACGGAGGAAGAGGCAAAGAAGAAAGCUAGGCUCGCCCGUUUCGGGAAAGAUGGUAAAGUUGAUAUCAAAGUUGAUUCGGCCGAAGAAGAUAAACGCAAAGCUAGGGCACUAAGGUUUUCAAAGCCGUCUUCCGAUUCAUCUUCAGAUUUACCUGCGAAGCAAAUUAUUGGCAAGGAGGCAGCUGUAUCUGGAAACGCUGCCUAAGGUUCCUGAAUAAAGUUCUUCUAUCUUUGCAGUUAGGUAGUGUAGCGUUUUAUGAUUCCCUCUCUGGCCGCUUGAUUCUCUAUUUAUUUCCGAAGUAGAAGUCCUCGUGUGUAGUAUCUUUAUUACGGUUGAAGUCUGGUCGCGGAGCAAGGUUGUGCAGUUAUGCAAUGAUUCUCUCAGAUGGACAGAAGCUAAGGUGUCAUCAGAUGAGAUCUUGAGAAACCAAUAAGUAACCUAUAGCUCUGAGUGUCUUAAAAAAAAAGCAAUUAUCAAUGUGUUAGGACCUAGGAAUUCUGAAGUGGCUGGUGUUGAUGUUUUCCAUGUUGCAGGUGCUUGAAGUGGUAAGUAUAGCUAGUAAUGCCUUUAUUUCAUUUAACUAUAUGUGAAUGUGGAUGGUCCUUUUAACGUUGCAUGUUCGUAUCAAGUACAAACAACAAUAAUAGAGAGUUUGUACUGCAUGUAGCAAACUAUUUUCGGUUAUCAAAGGAAAGACAGUUUUUUUUCACUGAUUUGAAGAUUUUGUUCCUAAGCUAGUAAGAAAGUAGUAGUGUUGAUUGCUUUUGAGCUGUGCCGAUGCGUUUCCUUGAAAAUCAGCCUAUUUUGCUAGCUUAUCUAUCAAAGUAAGUGUUUUGUCAUCUUUAUCUCGUUCCUAAAAUAAGCUGGUUUACUGUCGUCCUGUGCUUGAUUGCGAAUAUUGCAUCAAAAUGGAACCCAUAACCAUUUGUCGUAAUUUGGUUUUCUUAUUGACAUGACCUCUCAAGCCGCUACUUCAGAAUUCCUUAGUUAAGACAUCAUUAGAACUAUAGAGAUACUUGUUGGUUUCCAUUUCUCUGGUCUCUCUAUGGCAGUUGAAAGGAAGAGAACCUCAGAUGCUGAAUCUCUGUUCGCGGGGGCUGUGACUUUUCUGGCAUUCUGAUGCUACACAAUGUCUUAUCUUUCUGUAAUAGAUUAUUGAUAUACUUUGUUGAUACUUUUCUUUCUGAGAAUUUUGAAUCAAGCGCCAGAAAACUGUUACUAAGGGAAUGUAAUGUUCAGUUUUUUUGCUUCUUA